AUGUCGGGCCGCGGCUCGCUGAUGACCGUCCACGUCGGACAAUGCGGCAAUCAAUUGGCGCAGGCUUUCUGGAAGUCGAUGACCGACGAACACGGAAUUAAUGAGCGAGGGCAAAUGACGCACGAGGAAGAUGUGAAUGAUAAGAAGAAUGUGUUGUUCUAUCAGGCUGACGAUGAUCACUACGUUCCGCGAGCAGUUCUAGUUGAUCUUGAGCCGCGUGUGAUCAAUGGAAUGAUGCAGUCGCCGACAUUUUCCAAUCUAUUCAACACCGAUAACAUUUUUCUGUCCGAUCACGGCGGUGGCGCUGGAAACAAUUGGGCCAGCGGAUAUUGUCAAGGAAGAGAAGUUCAAGAGAAAAUCAUGGAUAUCAUUGUGCGAGAAGCGGAGAAUACCGACAACAUGGAGGGAAUUUUGUUCACGCACAGCGUUUCCGGUGGUACCGGUUCCGGAACCGGAUCGCUUCUUCUCGAGCGUCUUCGCGAGGCGUUCCCGAAAACGGUCAUCCAAACCUAUAGCGUGUUCGCGAACAGCGAAGGGACCGCGUCGACGGACGUCGUCGUCCAUCCCUACAAUUGGGUGCUGUCGAUGCAGCGCCUCAUCGAGAAUCCCGAUCACGUUGUGGUGCUCGACAACGCCGCGCUUCAUCGGCUCGCCGCCGGAAAAUUCAAAACCGACACGCCGACGUUUGAGCACAUCAACUCGCUGGUCGCCCGAAUCAUGUCGACGUCGACGGCGAUGUAUCGAUUCAAUUCGCCGAUUUGUCCGACGAUUCGCUAUUUGGAUUUGGCGCCGUUUCCGCCGAUGCAUUUUAUUCAAUCUGGAAUUUCGCCGGUCGUCGAUCCGAAUGAGAACUUCACUCGAAAAACGUCGGUAGCUGAUGUCACCCGAUUCCUGCUGAAGCCGACGUCGAUGACAGUUUCGACGGCUUCGCGAGUUCGAGCCAAUGAUUGUAUGCUGUCGGCCUACAUGUUCCUUCAAGGCGACAUCGAGGCGCAAGCGAUAAUUGCAGCCGAGCAUAAUGUUGAUUUCACGAUUCGUCGACCGCCGUUUUAUAUGAUCAAGCCGCUUCGAAUGAUGCAGGCGCCGAUUUCGCCGUAUGUCAAACCGCAAUAUAAGGUUUCUGGACUUUUGCUCAAUAAUAGCACAAGUGUCGCGCCAUUGUUUGAAUCGCUGUUGGCGAAGUAUGACAAGUUGCGGUCGAAGAAAGCGUUCAUUGAUAAGUUUGAGAAAAUUGACGAUUUUAAUCUUGAAAUGAUGGAUGAAUCGGUACAUUCGGUGCAGGACCUUCUCGAUGAAUACAAAGCGGUUGUACAACAUGACUAUCUCACGAGAGGAUUAUAA